UUGAUGCAGGCGAUUCUAUGCCGUAGCGCUCUGCUUUGGGCGUUUGGCGCUGCGGAUGCCUCGAGGAGGGAAAAUAAUAAUGGCCGCCAUGGCCAACUGGAACAACCUUGAAGCUUAUGUAAAUCGGUAGCUAUGGAGAGAGGCGUUCAGAGAUGGGCUGUUGACAUCUCCGAGUGGAAUCCUUCUCCCCCUGAGUUCUCCUCUGCGCUGACUCUUCUCCCUCGCCAUGAACAUUCCUCCAUCCUUCGAUUUUUUAAGAUGGAAGACAGGAAACGUGCGCUUGUGAGUCGGCUGCUUCAGUAUGUUCUUGUGCAAUACAUAUUGAAAAUCCCUCACGAUGAAAUAAUUAUCAAGCGCACAUUGGAAGGCAAGCCAUAUCUGGAAUGUGAUAAAGUUGGCUCAGAAUUUCCCAAUUUUAAUUUCAAUGUAUCACAUCAUGGUGAUUAUGUGGUGAUAGCAUCAGAGCCUCUCUCUCUUGUGGGGUUGGAUGUUGUCUCUUACGCCAUUCCCCAAAAUGAGGAUACCAUUGCAUUUGUUAAGAACUUCUCCUCUUACUUUUCGAGUUUAGAAUGGAAGAACAUCAUGAAUGCUAGCUCUAGCUCGAGUGUUUUGGUCGAGUUUUGCAGAUAUUGGUCUCUCAAAGAAGCAUAUGUGAAAGCUAUUGGAAGGGGAAUGAUGGCAUACGGGUUGGAGCAAGUUGAGUUUCUUCAUGAUGGAUGGAACAACAUACGGGCUAAAGUUGGAGGGGAAAUUCUGAAAGACUGGAGAUUUUGGGUCUCAGAGAUGGGAAAUAAACAUUGUGUUGCAGUUGCCAAGGGGCACCCGAGAUCGGCUACCGAGAGCUACCAAAGGACUCUAACAAGGACGGAGUUCGAACCCGAUGAAUAUCGUGCUGGUCUUCUUCUUCCCAAUGUCAGCUUUGUGUCAAAAAGUGUAGAACAACUAAUUUCCAUAUCCAUGGAGUGAGGCUUUGAUACCUGAAGACUGAUUGUGAAAGAUAGUUCAGCAUGCUUGUUUGGCUAACUUGGGCAUAUAAACCAUCAAUUGUUGAGGGUUGAGUUUUACGGUGAAAACGUGUGCGUAAGUGAUUUUGAAAUUCUAGGCUUUUGGAUAUUAAAAGUAGCUAAAAUUAGGGGUGUAAAAGAAUCAAUAUCCCGACCAACUCAACUGC